AAUCAUGUUAACUUUCAAACACAGUUUUAUUUUUUAAAUCUGUUCGGACCGCGAACAGGCGGUGGCCACUCGCAGCAGUCAUACGCAACAGAGAACACAACGGAGAACGGGUACCUCUACUGAAUGCAACUUUUCCAAAGACCGAAAGGCCGACACCAUAUGUCGUCAUUACUUUGCUUCAGUUCUUCUUGACAAGGAUGCUUCAUCUGUCCUCCCCCACUCGCCACCGCUACACGCAACCUCCACCAACUGUCCGUUAUUCCACGCCGCCCCCACCGUUGAAGCAUCAAUCGGAUCAGCGUUAAGAUUACUCCAUUAACUGUCCACCGAAAAAAAAAAGAUUAUUCCACUUACUAAUAUUAUAAACAAAUCAUUUUCAGUCCUAAACUUAAUUAAAUAAAAUUAAAUUAUUUGGAUAAAAUUAAAUUAUUUUUUUAUUAAUACGAAGUUGCUUUAAGAUUUUCCAUACAACAGGUCAAGUCCUCAGUUUGAUUAUAGCUAUAUUUGGCAGCGGCCCGUCUCAAGAAAGCGCGUGGAAUUGCUAUUCUAAGGACAACAAUCGAGUAAUAUUCCAUGUCGCCACAAUAACCUCAUUUUGUUUUCCUCCGACGACGACUCCCUAGCCCUCCAAGCCAAACUGAACUUUACCCAUCGCUUAACAACCGGGCCAAUUUCUAUCUGUUACUUCUCCUAAACGCCACCUUACCUAUCCUAAAAUAUCUAGGGAUUUUCUCCGCCGUUAUGGGACCUUCUCCUCCACCUUCACCCGGAGCUCUUCGGCCUAAGUUUCACGAUAUGGAAAUUCACCCGCCUGUGUCGGAAGACCCUUCGUCUUCAGCUCUCUGGGACUGGGGAGAUCUGUUGGACUUCACGGUGGACGAUCAAUUCCCAAUAUCGUUCGAUUCCGUCGGUACUUCAACUACUAUUGAAGUCAAUCAAAUUGAGACAGCUCCAGUUCCGGAUCGCGUCAGGAAGCGCGACCCGAGGUUGACCUGCUCCAAUUUUCUUGCGGGAAGGGUCCCCUGCGCGUGCCCAGAGCUUGACGAGAAGUUAGAAGAGGAGGCUGUACCUGGGAAGAAGCGGGUCAGAACGACCCGGUCCAGCGUGGGUGUUGCUAGGUGUCAAGUGCCUGAGUGCGAGGCAGAUAUUGGCGAGCUUAAAGGAUAUCAUAAGAGGCACAGGGUUUGUUUACGCUGCGCUAAUGCUAGUGCUGUUGUACUUGAUGGGGAGAACAAGAGAUACUGUCAGCAGUGUGGGAAGUUUCACUUGCUGUCAGAUUUUGACGAAGGCAAACGGAGUUGUAGAAGAAAAUUAGAGCGUCACAACAAUAGACGGCGAAGAAAGUCCCAUGAUUCUAAAGGAGCUGUUGAUAAGGAACCUCAAGGGGAUUUACUUAGAGAAGAUACUGCUUGUGAUGGUGAAGCUGGAAAAGAUUGUCAGAUAGUUGAGAAAGAAGCAUUAAUUGAAUCUGAAGAUGGUAAUGUUUCUAGCCUUCACUCUGGUCCCAAUUCCCAAAAUCUCAAUAGCGAUAGUGGUUUAUCUGUUGGAACCCCAAAGGUUGGAGUGAAAGACGAUUCCAAAUUUUCGCAUUCUCCUUUCAAUUGUGACAAUAAGAGUUUUUACUCGUCUGUGUGCCCAACAGGCCGGAUAUCGUUCAAGCUUUAUGAUUGGAAUCCUGCAGAAUUCCCUAGAAGGCUUCGACACCAAAUUUUUGAAUGGUUGGCCAGUAUGCCAGUUGAAUUGGAGGGAUAUAUUCGCCCUGGUUGUACAAUCUUGACUGCAUUUCUUUCAAUGCCAACGGUUAUGUGGGCAAAGUUAUUGGAAGACCCUGUAUCAUACGUGCACGAUUUUGUUAUCACUCCUGGAAAAAUGCUGUCCAAGAGGAGCCCAAUGCUAGUUUAUCUGAACAACAUGAUCUUCCAUGUUAUGAAAGAUGGAAAUUCAGUGAUGAAAGUAAACUUGGAAGGGCAAGCCCCAAGGCUUCACUAUGUUCAUCCUACAUGCUUUGAGGCUGGGAAGCCCAUAGAGUUUGUUGCUUGUGGAAGUAAUCUUUUGCAACCCAAAUUUAGGCUUCUGGUGUCGUUUGCUGGGAAAUAUCUUGCAUAUGAUUAUUGUGUUGCGUUACCACAUGGUCCUACUGAAGGAUGUUCUGGCCUUGACCAUCAGCUGUGCAAGAUAUUUAUUCCUAAUGUUGAGCCAAAUGUAUUUGGUCCUGCAUUUAUUGAGAUUGAAAACGAGAGUGGCUUAUCAAACUUCAUUCCUGUGCUUAUUGGGAAUGAAGAAAUUUGUUCUGAAAUGGAAAUAAUUCAGCAUAGGUUAGAUUCAUCUCAACUGUCGAGUGGUUCACAGUGUGAGGUUUCUGCACGUAGACAGAUGGCUUUUUCAGAAUUAGUUGUGGAUAUAGCAUGGUUACUAAAGAAGCCUUCAACAGAAAGUUUACAACAAAUUAUGAGCUCUUCACAGAUUCAAAGACUCAAUUCCUUAUUGAAUUUUUUGCUACACCAUGAAUCAACUGCCAUUUUGGCUAAAAUUUUGCAGAAUCUGAAAAUCAUAGUGGAUGAAAUGGAGAAAACAAGGGUAAUGUAUGGCAUUAGUGAUUUUGAGAUGAGCCUAUUACAGAAAUAUAUGGAUGGUGCCAGUGAUAUUCUUCAUCAAAAGGUUAAGCAAAGUGAUAAUGUGGAUGAAAGGGAUUUUAGAAGAUGUUCUGAAACUGACAUGCCAUCAGUUGCUCCAUUCACCAAUGAGGACUUGGAGAAAAACUCAAAUGAGAAGUUGAGAGUGAUGGCAAACUCAUCUGCUAGUGACAGGACUCCACUUUUGAGUAAAGAGGUUGUUGUGAAUGUGAACCUUGGCAAGGAAAGGCCAAACAGGUCAUGUAGUCUCGUUUUUUCUAACAGAGUCAUGAAGUUUCGCCCUGCAGUAUUUUUAAUCGCCACAUUUGCUGUUUGUUUGGGAGUCUGUGCCAUCCUCCUCCACCCUAACCAGGUUAACAAAUUUGCAGUGUCUAUCCGCAGAUGUUUGACAGACAGACUUUAGAUGCUAAAAUGAGCCUUUGCAUCCAAAAUGUCUCCUGUGGAUAGCUUGCUAUGUACAUUCUUUUUGUAUUAGAUCGAGCUGAGCUGCCUCAAGCUUUAGCAGAGGGGGCUACAUUUCUGACAGACCCUAAGCAUCAAGAAAACUGAUGGCAUUUCCAAGUGACAGAAAAAGAGGUUAUUUGUUUAGUUUCAAAAUUCUUUAUAAGUUAUGUUUGUGCCUUGCUUCAAAUCCUUCUGACCUUAAGCUCAUGUAUUAUCUGUUUUGUUGUUGUGUGAUAAUGGGGAAUAAUUAGGAAGGGUUUUGUUA